AUGGCCAGCGACCCGGAGAAGAGGCCAGGGGACCUCGACGAUGCGGCGCAGCCUGCCGGGCGACUGAGCAGCUCAUCCAGCUCACGAGUCAGCGUGAGCAGCGAAGAAGAUGUCGCCGCCCGGGAGCCGGAGACAGUCAACGAGAAGUCUGCCGAGGCGGAGGGUAACUCCGGAGCCGCGGACGCCGAGCCGACCGACACAGCAGGUCCGGCCACCGGGCUGGGACUCGGACAGCCGCCGUUGUCCAGGGCCUCGUCGACGAGAUCCAGGGCCGUCACCAUCGUGCCUCGGUCCAAGCGCCGGGGGCUGCUCGCACAAAUCACGCUUAUCCCCGAGGUCGAGAGGCCACAGGAGUACUCGGACAAGACGAAAUGGAUGAUCACCCUCGUCGUUGCCGUGGCAGCUUCGGCCGGGCCCGUUGGUUCGGGGAUCUUCUAUCCUGCGCUUAAGGAGAUGUCGACCGACCUGCACGCUUCCCAAACCGUCAUCAACCUGGCCGUGGCGACCUACAUGCUCGGCAUGGCCAUCUUCCCGCUGUGGUGGUCAUCCUUCUCGGAGCAAUUCGGCCGGCGCUCGAUCUACGUCAUAUCCUUCGUCUUCUACUUCCUCUUCGCCGUCCUCAGCGCCGUCAGCGUCAACAUCACCAUGCUCAUCAUCAUGCGCAUCCUCACCGGCGGCGCCGGCGCCUCGGUCCAGGCCGUCGGCGCCGGCACCAUCGCCGACAUCUGGGAGCCCAGGCACCGCGGCCGCGCCAUGGGCAUCUUCUACCUGGGCCCGCUCCUCGGCCCGCUCUUCUCGCCCAUCAUCGGCGGCGCCCUGGCCCUGAAAUGGGGCUGGCGCAGCACCAUGUGGUUCCUCGCCAUCCAGGGCGGCGUCACCGUCGUCAUGAUCCUCUUCUGCCUGCCCGAGACCCUCGCCAAGCGCAAGCCGGCCGCCACCACCGGCCCCGAAGGCACCACCGCCGCUCUGUCCCGCAUCUCCACCGCCCGCUCCGUCGAGAUCAAGACCCGCCGCGCCGCCGUCUUCCUCAAGCGCUCCUUCAUCGACCCGCUCUGCAUCCUCGGCUACCUGCGCCACCCGCCCAUCGCCCUGACCGUCAGCUACGCGGCCGUCACCUUUGGCGCGCUCUACGUGCUCAACGUCGCCGUCCAGGCCGUCUUCUCGGCCCCGCCCUACGCCUUCUCCGAGAUGGUCGUCGGCCUGCUCUACAUCCCGGCCUCGCUCGGCUACCUGCUCGCCUCGCUGCUCGGCGGCCGCUGGAUCGACAACAUCAUGCAGCGCGAGGCCCGGCGCGCGGGCCGCUACGACGGCGAGGGCCGCCUCGUCUUCCUGCCCGAGGACCGCAUGCGCGAGAACGCCUGGCUGUCGGCCUCGCUGUUCCCCGCCGCGCUCGUCUGGUUCGGCUGGACGGCGCAGCGCGGCGUGCACUGGGCCGCGCCCUCGGUCGCCAACUUCUUCUUCGGCGUCGGCAGCAUGCUCGUCUUCAGCGCCGCGACGACGAUGCUGACCGAGUUCCUGCCGCGGCGCAGCUCGAGCGGCAUCGCCGUCAACAACUUUGUGCGCAACAUCUUCUCGGGCGUCGGCGGCAUCGUCACGCAGCCGCUGCUCGACGCCAUGGGCGGGCCCGGCUGGCUGUUCACCAUGCUGGCCAUCGUCGCGUUCGUCGGGGGCAACGCCUCCAUCUGGGCGCUGAGGAGGUGGGGCCCGCGGUGGAGGAAGGAGAUGGACGAGAAGCUGAACCAUCAGGACUGA